AUGGCCAUGGGACUCCAGCAGCAGCAACACACCCAGGGCUCGCCGCCCAUCCACUUCCCCGGCGACUUUGUCGAGUACGGCCAGCAGUACGACAACAACAGCGGCUACCACAGCGACCCGUCCUCUUCUCAACAGCGUCAAUCCCGCGGCGAGGGCGGCAGGAACGGCCGGUAUCGAAGACCGCGUUCCCCUUCCCUCGACGACGAUUCUCGCUUCACUACCGGGCCCAGCGGCGGUGAGGAUCCGCGGGCUAGCUCUGACGCUGCGCUGCAUGAUGCCGUGCUCGCGCAGGCGCCCCAUCAACAGCGCGUGAUCCCAACAAACGGCCGCAACGGAGGCCAACCCCGCGCCGCAGGCCCUCGCGCACCCCCCGCCGCCGCAAACGCAUCCCAGAACCGCCGCUCCCAGCCCCCGCCAGUCAACUCCCAGCUGCCGCCCUACAUGGGCGAGAACCCCGACGAAUGGAGCCCGUCCAAGGACGCCGCAGGAGCAGGAGGCUACUCCCGCCGCCGCACAGAGCGCCACGCCCGCCGGCAAUCCUCCACCGGCAGCCGCGCCCCGGGAGCCCCGGACCCGCCCCAAAUGAGCGGCGGCGCGUCCCCGCGCGGCCCGCCCGAAAGCCAGCACUCUCCCAGAGAUAGACUCCCGUCCCAGCAGCUACAGCAGCAACAGCGAGAGCAGCACAUUCCCAACCCGGCAGGCGGUCUUCGCCCUCCCUCCCCGCCAGCCGUGAACGAGAGCACCCUCAGCGACAUCAGCCGCGUCAACAGCCCCAGCAUCUCCAAAUCCGUCCUCGAGCCCCUCCAGCGCAAGAUGCUCGAGUACCACCGCCUCAUGGACGAAGCUCAGGGUCAGAUGGCGCAGUACGACGAGGAGCUCCGCCUCCUGCAGGAGCGCCGCCGUCUAGCCGAGCAGAGAUUCGGGAAGCUGAGGUUCAGUUUGUUUGGGAGGUAG